AGCCUCCUAGUCCUCCAGGGAGCCCCGACAACGACAGCACGCAGCGGGAACCGGGAAUUGAGUGAGCACGCGGCAGUGGCAGUGCGCCCCAGGACAAGGGCCAUGCUCCUAGUCUGCCAGCGCCUCUGUGUCCUGGUGGUCCUGGGCACCAGCUGGGCGGGCUGGGGCAGCCACCCGGCCGAGGCAGCGCGGGUAAGGCAGUUCUAUGUAGCUGCUCAGGACAUCCUCUGGAGCUACCACCCUGAGUCCACAGACCCAAGUUUGAAUUCUAAACCUUCCUUCAAGAAAAUUGUCUAUAGAGAGUAUGAGCCAUAUUUUAAGAAAGAAAAGCCACGAUCUAGCAUCUCAGGACUUCUUGGACCUACUUUAUAUGCUGAGGUUGGAGACACCAUGAAAGUUCACUUUAAAAAUAAAGCUGACAAGCCCUUAAGCAUCCAUCCUCAAGGAAUUAAAUACAGUAAAUUUGCAGAAGGAGCUUCUUAUCCUGACCACACAUUCCCAGCGGAGAGGAUGGAUGAUGUUGUAGCUCCUGGAGGAGAGUACACCUACCAGUGGAUCAUCAGUGAGGACAGCGGGCCCACACCAGAUGACCCUCCAUGUCUCACCCACAUCUACUACUCCUAUGAAAACCUGACCCAGGAUUUCAACUCGGGAUUGAUCGGACCUCUGCUUAUCUGUAAAAAAGGCACACUAACCGAGGAUGGGACACAGAAAAUGUUUGACAAGCAACAUGUGCUGCUGUUUGCUGUGUUUGACGAAAGCAAGAGCUGGAGCCAGUCACCAUCCCUAAUGUACACAGUCAAUGGCUUUGUGAAUAGGACGAUGCCAGAUAUAACAGUCUGUGCCCAUGACCAUGUCAGCUGGCAUCUGAUUGGGAUGAGCUCUGGGCCAGAGUUGUUCUCUAUUCACUUCAACGGCCAAGUCCUAGAGCAGAACAAGCACAAGGUGUCUACCAUCACGCUGGUCAGUGCUACAUCUACGACUGCAAACAUGACUGUGAGCCCAGAAGGAAAAUGGAUUGUUUCUUCCCUCAUCCCAAAGCAUUAUCAAGCUGGGAUGCAGGCUUACAUCGACAUUAAAAACUGCCCAAAGAAAACCAGGAAUCCCAAGACACUCACUCGAGAGCAGAGGCGUCACAUGAAGAGGUGGGAGUACUUCAUUGCUGCAGAAGAAGUCAUCUGGAACUAUGCACCUGUGAUACCCGUAAAUAUGGACAAGAAAUACAGGUCUUUGCACUUGGAUAAUUUCUCAAACCAAAUUGGAAAACAGUAUAAGAAAGUUAUUUACAGACAGUAUGAGGACGAGAACUUCACCAAACGCACGGAGAAUUCCAAUAUCAAACAAAGUGGGAUUCUGGGUCCUAUUAUCAGAGCCCAGGUCAGGGACACACUCAAGGUCGUGUUCAAAAAUAUGGCCAGCCGACCCUACAGCAUUUACCCUCAUGGGGUGACAUUCUCUCCUUAUGAAGACGAAGUCAACUCUUCCUCCACCUCAGGCAGUCACACCAUGAUCAGACCAGUUCAACCAGGGGAAACCUACACAUAUAAAUGGAACAUUCUAGAAUUUGACGAACCCACAGAAAAUGACGCCCAGUGCCUAACAAGGCCUUACUACAGUGAUGUGGAUGUCACCAGGGACCUUGCCUCUGGGCUAAUAGGUCUGCUUCUAAUCUGUAAGAGCAGGUCCCUGGACCAGAGAGGCAUACAGAGGGCAGCAGACAUUGAGCAGCAGGCUGUGUUCGCUGUGUUCGAUGAGAACAAGAGCUGGUACAUUGAGGACAACAUCAACAAGUUUUGUGAAAACCCUGAGGAGGUGAAACGUGAUGACCCCAAGUUUUACGAAUCAAAUAUCAUGAGCACUAUCAAUGGCUAUGUACCUGAAAGCAUAUCCACUCUGGGAUUUUGUUUUGAUGACACUGUCCAGUGGCACUUCUGCAGUGUGGGAACUUAUGAUGAUGUUUUGACUAUCCACUUCACUGGGCAUUCUUUCAUCUACGGGAAGAGGCACGAGGACACACUGACCCUGUUCCCCAUGCGCGGUGAAUCCGUGACUGUCACAAUGGAUAAUGUUGGAACGUGGAUGUUAACUACCAUGAAUUCCAAUCCAAGAUGCAAAAACCUAAGACUGAGAUUCAGGGAUGUUAAAUGUAUCCGGAAUGAUGAUGAUGAAGAUUCAUAUGAGAUUUAUGAACCUUUCGCACCUACAUCCAUGACAACUCGGAAAAUUCAUGAUUCUUCAGAAAAUGAGCUUGAUGUUGACAAUGAAGACUAUGAUUACCAGUAUACAUUGGCUUCAGCGUUAGGGAUUAGGUCAUUCAGAAAUGCAUCAUUGAGUCGGGAGGAAGAUGAGUUCAAUCUUACAGCUCUUGCUCUAGAGAACAGCUCAGAGUUCAUAUUUCAAAACACAGAUAGAGUUAAUGACUCAAAGUCUUCUCCAAGAAACCAUAGUGGAAUGACUGGUAGUAACCUCAAAGAAGCUCAAAGAAUCCCUCCUGGAUCAGGAGCCACCGUAACUGGUUCCCUCCUGAAAGACCUCACUGGCUUAGAUGAGAAUUCUGUUCUCAUCCCUGCCACAGAGCAUCAUUCCAGCUCAUAUUAUGAAAGUGAUGUGGAAGACUCACAGUCGGACAUCACAGUGGUUCACCUACUUCCCUUUGGUGCAAAAGGAGCAAGGAGCCAAGAGCAUGCUAAGCAUAAAAAAGCCAAGUCAGAAAGACCCCACCUCAUGAAGCAUAGGUCUCCCCACAUGAAAGUACCAGCCCAAAAAACUGAGAGGCAUUCAAACCCAAAGAACACUUACUCCAGAAUGAGGUCAAGGGAGGAAAUACCCAUUGAGUUGUUCCUCUUAAAACAAAAGAACACAUCCAAAUUUUUUAAUAGAGAGUGGUAUUUGGCUUCUGAAAAGGGUAGUUAUGAAAUUGUACCAGCAAGUGGUGAAGACACACCUGCUGAGAUGCUUCCAAACAGCCCUCAAAACCAGAACAUCUCAAUGACUUGGAGUGAUAGCACCUCCCCUACAAAAACAGCGGGAAAGCCAAGUGACAAGCCAAUGUUUUCUAGAGUUAGACAUAAAUCUCCCCAAAUCAGACAAGAAGAAGGAAACAGUGGCUUGAAGAAAAGACAGCUGUUCAUUAGGACACGAAAGAAGAAGAAGGAUAAGAAGCUUGCACUCCACAGUCCUCUAUCUCCAAGGGGCUUCCACCCCCUAAAAGGAGAAGUUCAGCUCACAUUUUUAGAUCAGAGACUCAAUCGCUCACUGUUACCCCAUGAGCCCAAUGAAACAGCUCCUACCAUAGAACUGAAUCAGACCUCCCCUUCAACAAGUAUUGACAGGUCACUUCCUGACCAUAAUCACACCCUGCCACAUGACACUGGGCAGAAGAGCUCUGCUUUUGAUCUGCCCCCAGAGGAACACUCUCCAACAUUUCCUGUCCAAGAGCCUGAUCAAACACACUCUGCCGCAGACCUUAGUCACAGAUCCUCUCUUCCACAGCCCAGCCAGGAGCUUGACUAUGACCUAAGCCAUGAAUCCUACCCUGAAGACAUUGGUCAAACAUCUUUUUUUCCAGACCAAAGUAAAAAAUCUCUCUCUUCAAAAGAUGGCCAAACAAGUCCCUCCUCAGACCUAAGCCUCUUUACCCUCUCUCCAGAAUUGGAUAAGACAAUUAUUGCUCCAGACCUGGGCCAGAUAGCCCUUUCUCCAGAUGACAACCAGAUGAUCUCCUCCCAAGACCUGGGUCAGGUACCCCUUUCUCCAGAUGACAACCAGAUGGCCUCCUCCCCAGACCUGGGCCAGGUACCCCUUUCUCCAGAUGACAACCAGAUGGCCUCCUCCCCAGACCUGGGCCAGGUGCCCCUUUAUCCAAAUGACAACCAGAUGACCUUCCUCCAAGACCUGGGUCAGGUACCCUUUUCUCCAGAUGACAACCAGAUGACCUCCUCCCUAGACCUGGGUCAGGUUCCACUUUCUCCAGAUGACAACCAGAUGACCUCCUCCCUAGACCUGGGUCAGGUUCCACUUUCUCCAGAUGACAACCAGAUGACCUCCUCCCUAGACCUGGGUCAGGUUCCACUUUCUCCAGAUGACAACCAGAUGACCUCCUCCCCAGACCUGGGUCAGGUGCCACUUUCUCCAGACAACACCCAAAACUCCUCCCUAGAAGACCUUAGCCUCUUGACUCUCCCUCCAGAAUUUGAUGAGGUAGCCCUUUCUCAGGAUUUGGAUGAGAUGCCCCUCUCUUCAGACUUCAGUCAGGUGACCCUCUCCCCAGACCUCAGCCCUUUGACCCUCUCUCCAGAUUUUGAUGAGAUAAUCUUAUCCUCAGACCUCAGUCAGGUUACCCUUUCCCCAGACCUCAUCCAGACAAGCCUCCCUCUUAACCACAGGCACAAAACAGCCUCUUCAGAUCCUGGUCAAACAUCCUACCCUUCAUAUUCUGGUCAGUCUUCACUCCUUCCAGAACUGAACCAGACUCUUUCAGAUCCCAUUCACAUGCCAUCUCCUUUACCGUCAUCACCCACACUCAAUAACACUUCUGUGCCCGAGGAAUUUAACCCUCUUGUUGUAGUAGGUCUCAGUAGAGUUGAUGGAGAUGACAUUGAAAUUAUUCCAAAUGAGGAGCUGGAAAGCAUUGACGAUGAUGAUUAUGCUGAAGAUGAUUAUGUAACCUAUAGUGACCCCUACAAAACAGACACCAGGACAGACAUCAACUCCUCCAGAAAUCCGGAUACUAUUGCAGCAUGGUACCUUCGAGGUCAUGGUGGAAACAAACAAUACUAUUUUAUUGCUGCUGAAGAAAUAUCCUGGGAUUAUUCAAAAUUUGCCCAAAGUGAAAUGGACAAUGAAGAUACUGAUGCCACUCCAAAGGACACCACAUACAAGAAAGUUGUUUUCAGAAAAUACCUUGACAGCACUUUCACCAGACGUGACCCUCGGGGGGAGUACGAGGAGCAUCUGGGGAUUCUUGGUCCUGUUAUCAGAGCUGAAGUGGAUGAUGUGAUCCAAGUUCGCUUUAAAAAUUUAGCAUCCAGGCCAUAUUCUCUUCAUGCCCAUGGACUCUCCUAUGAGAAGUCCUCUGAGGGAAAGACUUAUGAAGAUGACUCCCCUGAAUGGUUUCAGGAAGACAACGCUGUACAGCCCAAUAGCAGUUAUACGUAUGUAUGGCACGCCACUGAGCGCUCUGGGCCAGAGAACCCUGGCUCUGCCUGCCGGGCUUGGGCCUACUACUCUGCAGUGAAUGUGGAGAAAGACAUCCACUCAGGCUUGAUUGGCCCCCUUCUGAUCUGCCAGAAAGGGACACUUCACCAGAAGAGCAAACUGCCUAUGGACAUGAGGGAAUUUGUCUUACUCUUCAUGGCCUUUGAUGAAAAGAAGAGCUGGUACUACGAAAAGUCCAAAAGGUCGUGGAGAAUCGAAUCUCCCGAAGUGAAGAAUUCCCACGAGUUUUACGCCAUUAAUGGGAUGAUCUACAAUCUGCCUGGCCUGAGAAUGUACGAGCAAGAGUGGGUGAGACUUCACCUGCUGAACAUGGGUGGCUCCCAGGACAUUCACGUGGUUCACUUCCAUGGCCAGAUCCUUCUGGAUAAUAGCACCAAACAGCACCAGUUGGGGGUCUGGCCCCUUCUACCUGGUUCGUUUAAAACUCUUGAAAUGAAGGCGUCAAAGCCUGGCUGGUGGCUCCUGGACACAGAGGUUGGAGAAAACCAGAUAGCGGGCAUGCAAACGCCCUUUCUCAUCAUAGACAAAGGGUGUAAGAUGCCAAUGGGACUGAGCACCGGUAUCAUAUCUGAUUCACAGAUCAAGGCUUCGGGACAUCUGAAUUAUUGGGAGCCCAAAUUAGCACGAUUAAACAAUGGUGGCUCAUAUAAUGCUUGGAGUAUAGAAAAAUCUGCAUUAGACUUUGCCUUUCAAUCUUGGAUCCAGGUGGACAUGCAGAAGGAAGUUGUAGUCACAGGGAUACAAACCCAAGGUGCUAAACACUACCUAAAGUCUUGCUUUAUCACGGAAUUCCAUGUGGCGUACAGCUCCGACCAAACCAACUGGCAGAUCUUCAGAGGGAACAGCACAAAAAAUGUGAUGGAUUUUGCUGGCAAUUCAGAUGCCUCUUCAAUAAAAGAGAAUCGUUUUGACCCACCUAUUGUGGCUAGAUACAUUAGGAUACAUCCCAUAAAGUCCUAUAAUAGACCUGCCCUUCGGUUAGAACUGCAAGGCUGUGAAGUGAAUGGAUGUUCCAUGCCACUGGGCCUGGAAGAUGGAAGGAUAGAAAACAAGCAAAUCACUGCAUCUUCGUUUAAAAAGUCAUGGUGGGGAGACUACUGGGACCCCUCCCGUGCCCGCCUGAAUGCCCAGGGCCGUGUGAACGCCUGGCAAGCCAAGGCUAAUAACAACAAACAGUGGCUACAAGUCGAUCUGCUCAAAAUCAAGAAGAUCACUGCCAUUGUAACACAGGGCUGUAAGUCUCUGUCUUCUGAAAUGUAUGUGAAGAGCUACAGCAUCCAGUACAGUGACCAGGGUGUGGAAUGGAAACCGUACAGGCAGAAAUCCUCCAUGGUGGACAAGAUCUUUGAAGGAAACAGUAAUACCAAAGGACACGUGAAGAACUAUUUUAACCCGCCUAUCAUUUCCAGGUUUAUCCGAAUCAUUCCUAAAACCUGGAACCAAAGUAUUGCACUUCGCCUGGAACUCUUUGGCUGUGACAUUUACUAGAAUUGAAACCAAAAGCGGAAAAGAAAAGAUAAAAACUGAAGAAAACUUAAGGCCAUUUAGAGUAGGCAAUAUAUUAUGGCUAUUUUAAAUGUUAACUUUUCUGCUAUUUUUUUCUAAUAGAGAAUAAAGUUUAUAUAAGAAGCUUUUUACAAUGUAAAUUCAUUGCUGCCAUUAAGUAAGGUGGCAGCCAUUCUUUCCUUACAAGUUUGAAUACAAAUGGAAAAAUACUAAGUACCAGGGAGGAUAUAACUGCCUUUUACUCUGAUUACAUAAUGUAAUAGUUAUAUAAUGGAAUAGCGUGGUUCACUGUAGCUCUUUCAAAUCCUAUAGACAUUAGUAAAAGAGACAUUACUUUCAGAAACUGUUCAUAGACCUAGAAAACUUUUAUUCCUAUACUUUCCUUUUAAGAACAAACUAUAAUUUGUAAACAAUGGAUACUAAGAUAGUUUAAUUUUUUUUUUUGAAAAUAGAGGAAAAACAAAUCUUGUGGUAAUGAAGUAAGAACUUAAAAUGCCCUGUGCUGGGCUGUCAUGCAAAAACCUGAUGGCCUGAGUUCAAGUCCACAAACCCAUAGUGGAAGGACAGAACUGAUUCUGAACAGCUGUCCUUUGAUUUCCCCAUGCAGCUGUGGCACAUGUGUGUGCCCACGCCCACAUACAGGGACUAACAGUAAAUAAAAGAUUUUUACAAGCCCA